AUGGAUCAACAGAAUAAUACUAGUAUUAGUAAUAUUCAUAAAUUAGAUGAUGAUGUAGUUGUAAAGAUAAGAUCAUCGGUGACUAUUAUGGCAGUAGACCAGGCAAUUGAAGAGUUAGUGUUCAAUUCGAUCGAUGCCGGUGCUACCAAUAUUCUCGUUGUCUAUAAUGCAUCUACUCUAUCAUUUGAAGUACACGACGAUGGCUAUGGUAUAACACUUGAAGGAUUACAAGAAAUUGGUCAACGUUACUGUACUUCGAAAUGUCAUACUCUGGACGACUUGAAUUACAUUUCAACGAUUGGAUAUCGUGGUGAAUCAUUGGCUAGUAUAGCAGAAAUUGCAACAUUGGAUAUUCAAUCAACUACUCUAUGUAGUCAACAACAACAACAACAACAACAACAACAACAACAACAACAACAACAACAACAACAACAAGAACAACAAGAACAACAAGAACAAGAACAAGAACAAAAAGAUGCAGCUGCACGUUCAACAGCAUCUAAACUCAUUCAAUUUGGUAAAUUAGAAUACAUUAAAAAUGUUGUGACUCCUGGUAGUGGUGUACCUCUUGUUAAAUCAUUAGGUACUAUUGUAAAGGUUAGAGAUAUAUUCAAGAAUGUACCUGUUCGUCGACAACAGAUUAAUCCCGCUACACUAAGACUGGCAGUCAAGAAACGUAUAGAAUGUUGUGCAUUAUCACAUGCUAGAAUUAAAAUAACUCUCUAUGAAACAAGUAAAAAUCAGAAAUUGGUUUCUCUUCCUCCUGAUCAAAACUUUUUUUCAUUAUUUUCUUUAUAUUAUGGUUUACCGAAAGCUCAAACAUUAGAGUUUAUAUCAUCAUCGGCCGAUGUUAUUAAAGGUCUACCAAUUGGUUAUAAAUUCACUGGUUAUCUUACACUACCAAAUGAACAUGGUAUACCAAAUAGAUCUCUUCAAUUAGUUUAUUUAAAUAGAAGAUUAAUUACCAAUACAAAGAUACAUAGAUUGGUAAAUGAACUUUACAAAAAGUAUAGAAUAUUUAAUGCUCGUCGAAAGGUGGAAGCAACUCAUUCAAGGUUCACUAAAAAAGAAUUGAUUGAUGUAAAUCCAAUUUUUAUUUUGUUUCUAGAUUGUCCUGUAACAGAAUCUAAUACAAUAGAAGGAAGUGAUGAUGAAAGUGAUGAGGAGAAGGAGGAACAAGUUGGUAAUGAUGAGGAAAUUUUCGAGAUUGAAGAAGAAGAUAUUCAAAACAAUGAAGAAUAUGGAGGAGAUGAUUAUUUUCCAAAUUAUCCAACUAAUGAUCAUCUAAAUGAAUUUGAUGCGCCACCUACAACAAAAACAACAACUACUACAACCACUUCGACAACAUCAACUACCUCACCAACUUUGAUUAAUGACAACUUUAGCAACAUUGAUGAUAACAGUAUUGAUGAUAAUACGGAAUAUGUUUUAAAUGAUUUUAUCGAUGAAGAUAUACAAUAUCAAGAAAUGUAUUCUUCACAAACCAAUAAUAAUAACAAUAAUAAUACUAUUAAUAACAACGAUAAUAACAAUAAUCAACAAACAACAACAAAUGUACCUUUUAAAAGAUUUGAUAGUGAUCAAUUUUUUGAAGAAGAUAGCCAACCCGAAAUGGAUAUUAUUGAUAUAGACUCUAUGGAUUUUGAACCACAACAACAACAACCACAAAACAUUCCAAUCAAAUCUGAAUCUAAUAACAACAGUAAUAAUAAUAAUGUACAGAAUGAAGUGGUUGAGGGUACAAUAUCAUCUGAUCCACCAGUUAAAAAACCAACCCUACAACCUCCACCCCAACAAUCAAAUACUAAUAAUAAUAAUAAUAAUAAUAAUAAUAAUAAUAAUAAUAAUAAUAAUAAUAAUAAUAAUAAUAAUAAUAGUAAUAAUACUCCUACUACAAAUAAUAAUAAUAAUAUGACACCAAACAAUCAACAAUCUCAACAAAGAACACCUCAAAAAACACCAAUAGCAGUGUCAAACUUUUUUUCACCAAUGUCUAGUGUUAAUCAAUCACCACACGAUUUAUUCUCAAAUUCAUUUGAUCAGACCUCACCAUCACCACAAAAGAAGCAAAAAAGUGAAUUCUUUGCAAACGCCGGAGUGGACUACCAACGGACUCCAGUUUCUCCACUUAAAGCAACACCCGACAGACCACCAAUAUCUUUAUCAAAAUAUUUUUCACCUUCCAAACAAACAAAUCUAAAUUUCAACAGUCGUAGUGGUCAACAAGACUAUAGUCGCAAUAAUAGUCAACAACAACAACAACAACAACAACCACAACAAGACAACAAUUGUUGUAGUCAUGAAUUUGAUCCUGUUGGAGAUUCAAUGUUUUCAUAUCCAUAUGACAAUGAAAUGAAGAACAAAUCAUCAAAAGACAAACCUGUGGUUGCGCCAAUUCCUUUCCCAUUACAAAAACCUUCAACUACCUCAACCUCAACCACUUCAACUGGUCCGACUUCAACCACCUCAACUACUUCAACCACUUCAACAACUAGUACUAAUAAUAAUCAAAACAUAAAACCAAAUCAAGAUCUUGAUAUAGAAUUGGAUGAUUUAGAUGAUCAAAGUACACAGGAAGAAGAUAAUGAUUCAUUUUCAUCUUUAUCUUCCUUUUCAACUGUUGCUUCAUCUACAAAAACACCUCCACAUCCUCCUCCUUCGCCUCCUCGAUCAACUAAAAAUAAUUUUAAUUUAAAAGAUUCAAAUAAUAAUUAUGUAAUCCCAUCAAUUGAUCCAACCACUUUUAAAAUUACAAAAAAUGUACAAAAUAAUACUAAUAAUAAUAAUAAUAUAAAUAAUCAAAAUAAUUUAAAAAGACCACAACAAGAGAUUGAAAAAGACCCAUUUAUAACAGAAAGAGAUGGUAAAAAAGUUAGUAUAUUUUUCGAUGAUGAAAAGAAUUUGGAGAAACGUAUUGAAAUACCAACAAUUCCAAUGGACAUUUCGAGAAAUAUAAUGACCAUGAUGAAAGCAUCGGCCGAGAAACCAAUCUCUCGAACAAUGUUGGAGCAAGCAAGGUUUAUUACACAGUGGCAAAAGAAAUUCUUAUUGUGUGAAUCCCAGGGUGUAUUAUUUGCACUUGAUCAACAUGCAAUUCAUGAACGCAUUAGAUUGGAGAAAAUGCAAGAUCUCUACAAGCUGGGACCCUACGAUAUAUGUCGUGUCGAUUCAGACAAGUAUGAAUAUAAGUUUGACCUUUCACCAAUGCGACCUGGAACAAGAUGGCCAUUUACAGCACACGAAAUGGAACUCAUAGACACAUUUAGUCGUAAUCUAAAACUAUGGGGGUUCACCUAUAAAGUAGGUAACGGUGCCAUCUUUAUUGAAUCGGUUCCAAUGUUUUGUCUAACAUGUCUUGGUCACAAUGAUCUUCGUGAAUUCCUUUAUACUUUGGAAUCAAAUGGUGGUCAAAUGGCAACAAGACCAGAUGCUGUUGAUCGUAUUAUUCGUAACAAAGCUUGUAGAUCUGCAAUUAAAUUUGGUCAUACUCUUGGUCACGAAAGAAGUUGUGAAUUAUUAAAAGAAUUGGCCACUUGUAGAUUACCAUUUCAAUGUGUACAUGGUAGAAGUUCAAUGGGAGCUUUAAUAAAUUAUGCUUCCCUUUCAAAUUUUAUGAUAAACUAUCAAGAUGAAGAUAAAGAAUUAUUUAAUCAAGGCUAA